AUGAAAAAAAUCGAGCGCUUUCGAAUUCUGGUCAUGGGCAGAUCGAAUGCCGGAAAAACCACCAUCCUCCAAAGAGUAUGCCAUUCUACAGAUAAACCAGAGGUCUUCGAUGGAAAAGGAAACAAGAUUGAUGGUACUGUCGUGCAAGGCACUUUGGCACGUGGCUACCAUAAUAUUGAGCAUGAGCUCGUGUUUCAGAGUAACCUGGGCUUUGUGUUCCAUGACUCAUGUGGGUUUGAAGCAGGUACCAACCGGCAGUUUGACCAGAUGAGGAACUUUGUGGUUGACCAUAGAGCCACAAUGAGGGUGAAUGAACGAAUCCAUGCCAUCUGGUUUUGCAUCCCCAUGACAGACUACCACAGGACAGUAACUGCAGCUGAGCAGAAAUUCUUCAAUGAGUGUGACACAGGACAUGUUCCUGUGAUAGUGCUAUUGACUAAAGUGGAUGCUUUGUACCUCCCUGCACUUGAGGGGCUUCUGGAUCAGGGUUUGGCCAUAGCUGAGGCAAAGGAAAGGGCAGCAGAAAAGCAGGGAGAACUGUUGGAAAAGUGGCUUGACCAUGUAAAACAUGAGCUGGGCAAGUGCAAGUUCCCACCUAAAGGAUAUGUGUCACUUCAGAAGAUGCAUCAAGAGAGUGCAGACUGUAGUGCUUUGAUGGAUUGCACAGCAAAUGUGUUGAAUGAGGAAGGUUUACAAAGGUUACUUAUAUCAACACAGCAGUCAAGUAUUGCACUGUGUGUUCAAUAUGCUGUGCACAAGUAA